CCUGUGGUGACUUAUGCCAACUCCUCGCAGCCCUUCCGGCUGGGAGAGCGCAGCUUUAGCCGGCAGUAUGCCCACAUUUAUGCCACCCGCCUCAUCCAGAUGAGGCCCUUCCUGGUGAGCCGGGCCCAGCAGCGCUGGGGUAAGUGAUGAGUUUGAGGAGGUGCUUCCAGGUUUGUUGGGCAUGACUUCCCUGUCCCUGGGGGUUGUCUGUCUUUCCUAAUCAAGUGGCCUGUGCAGUGCAGACGUUUUUCUUUUUUUCCCAUUUCUUCCUUGGUGAUCUCUCCUGCUUCUAGUUAUUCUUGGUGAAGCAGGACUCCCAUCACCUUCAACUUUUGGGUAAUGCUGCAUCACCCCAUUCUUACUAUUUAUGAGUGGCUUUCUGGGACUUCCCUCGUGGUCCAGUGUUUCAGACUCCUCGCGUCCAGUACAGGGGGCACGGGUUCGAUGCCUGGUCGGGGAACUGGGAUCCCACAUGCCUCACUGCGCAGCCAAAAGAAAAAGAGUGGCUUUCCAUGUAGUUUUCAAUUCAUCUGUUAUGUUAAACUGAAAUUUUGUAGGUGAGACAGUGUCUUAUUCAUUUUUACCCUCCCACCCCCAGCACCAGGCUUGCUGGGUUUCAGUCCAGGUUGCACAUUGGAACCACUUGGAAAACUUUAGGAAUCUCCGGGCCCAUCCUGUCCCACUGAGUCAGCUGGGCUGACUCUGGUUUUAUUAUAGGCAGCCAGAACACUUGACCCGAUUUCCUAGCUACAUUGUCACAUUAGAGAUGUUUUCUGUUUUCCUUACUGCAGGCAAAAGUGUUAUUCACCUGCCACAUAACAAGGGUCUCCUUCCUUUGGCUCCCAGUGCCUUUCACUCACUUUCCUUGAAGUCCUCGAGGACAUCCUUCUCAAGCCCAAGGCCAAUGCCAUCUUUUAGAUUCUUUACAGCAACAUCUGCUGUGGUACCAGGUUUCUCUUCUUCUUCCUUUUUUUUUUUAAAUUAAUUUUUAUUGGAGUAUAGUUGCUUUACAAUGUUGUGUUAAUUUCUGCUGUACAGCAGAGUGAAUCAGCUAUACGUAUACAUAUAUUCCCACCAGGUUUCUUUUCUAACAAAGCUGCCCAGUGACAGAAUACAGCCAUUUUAUUCUGUUCACAGAGUGGGGUCAGAAAUUCAGACAGGGGCCCACGAUGAAUGGGGCCUUGGCUGGGUGAUUGACAGCAGGCAGUAUCGUUCACUCACCAUGUGACUUUUUCCUGUGACCAGGCUUCCUCCCCAGAGCUCAGCCCAUCACAGAAUUCCUCUCUGUCCACUCAUGAGUUUCCUGAACAUCUCAAGCCCUUUCUCGCCUUUGGCUCUCCCUGCACCUAGCACACUCUGUCCCCAGGCUUCUUUCUUGACCUCAGCCUAAACGACCUCAGCUUAAACAUCGGUGCUUCAAGAGGCCAGCAGGGCCCUUUCCACAUCUACUGCCUUCGCUCCUGUCUGUUCAUGGCACUUGUCCCAGCAGGGAAUCCUGCGUUUCCUGCUCUUGCCUCUCCCUCUGUACCAGCAGCUCAGUGAGGGCAAGGAUGGGUUCACUCUUGGUGCUGGUGCCUAGCCUGGUACCCACACUUCGCCCGGAUGGACAGAUGUCCCACCCUCAGCACAGGGAUGUGCCCUUCUGCCUUGUGCUCAGACACACACAUAGGAUCUCAGAUGUGUGGCCUUGGGCGUGUUACUUAACUCUGCCUCUGUUUCCUCAACCAGAUGGCGGAGUGAUACCUCCAAUGGUGUGUUGUCAGGAGGAGAAGAGUUCCAGGCACAGGGCUUGGCACAGUCACCUGGGGCUGAAUGAGGGCUCGGUGGACAUCGCGGCUCUGGGAUCUGUUGUUUCUGUUGGUGUCUGGCAUUUCUAUCCAGUGCUGGCACCCUCCUUAUUUUAUUUUGAAUUACCCCCCUUUGCUCCCCAGGGCAUAGAUCUGUGGAAUGUUCUUGGUUAUUCCAGGGCAGACGGGGGCUGGUGCUGGGGUCAGCUGGGCUAAGGAAAGGGCUGGUCCCGAGUCCACAUUAUCCCAUCACCUCCUGUUAGUGUUUUCUCCAGGUUUGGGGUCUAUCUUAACAAACCCUCAGGCCUUCUGGGACUUGGCUCCUCCGUCCUGCCCACCCAGUGACCCCUGCGUACCACGCCUCUCCCAUGCCUGUCUUCCCGCCUGUCCCUAACGCUUCCAGUGUGUUGUUCUCCGGAAUCGCAGGCACUCUGGGUGAACAGGGCUGCCUGACUCCACAAGAGCAGAACGGUGUGGAUGGGGAUGUGAAGUUUGAAUUUGGGGUAUAUCUCUGUUUUCAGAAGACGAGGCAUUUGUGGGGUGGAUGGAAGAAUCCAAACUCUCAAAGGAAACUAAUAUAGUUAGGCUUCUGGUGGCUGCCCCGGCACUGCUGGGUCCACAGCUGCAUCCCUCUGGUCUCCGCCUCAUCUUCACGUCACCUUGUCUGCAUGUCUACCUCUCUUGCAGUGGAGUCCUAAUAAAGAAGCUAUGUGAGCUGCAGCCUGGGGAGAAGUGUUGUGUGGUGGGGACCCUCUUCAAGGCCAUGCAGCUCCAGCCCUCCAUCCUGCGGGAGAUCAGUGAAGAGCACAACCUGCUCCCCCAGCCUCCUCGGAGCAAAUACAUCCACCAAGACGAUGAACUGAUCUUGGAAGAUGAACUGCAGCGUAUCAAACUGGAGGGAACCAUUGAUGUGUCAAAGCUGGUCACAGGGACAGUCCUGGCUGUGCUGGGCUCUGCAGGAGACGAUGGGAAGUUCCUGGUGGAGGACCACUGCUUUGCAGGGCUUGCCCCUCAGAAGCCCACAUGUCCCCUCGACACAGACAGGUUUGUGCUGUUGGUGUCCGGUCUGGGCCUGGGUGGAGGCGGGGGCGAGAGCCUGCUGGGCACCCAGCUGCUUGUGGACGUGGUGACGGGGCAGCUUGGGGACGAAGGGGAGCAGUGCAGUGCCGCCCACGUCUCGCGGGUCAUCCUCGCCGGGAACCUCCUCAGCCACAACACCCAGAGCAGAGAUUCCAUCAACAAGGCCAAGUACUUAACCAAGAAAACCCAGGCAGCCAGUGUGGAGGCCGUCAAGAUGCUGGAUGAGAUCCUCCUGCAGCUGAGCGCCUCCAUGCCCGUGGAUGUGAUGCCAGGAGAAUUUGACCCAACAAACUACACGCUCCCCCAGCAGCCCCUGCACCCCUGCAUGUUCCCACUGGCCGCUGCCUACUCCACACUCCAGCUGGUCACCAACCCCUACCAGGCCACCAUCGAUGGAGUCAGAUUCCUGGGGACAUCGGGACAGAAUGUGAGCGACAUAUUCCGGUACAGCAGCAUGGAGGAUCACUUGGAGAUCCUGGAGUGGACCCUGCAAGUCCGUCACAUCAGCCCCACAGCCCCUGACACCCUAGGUUGUUACCCUUUCUAUAAAACCGACCCAUUCAUCUUUCCGGAGUGCCCUCACGUCUACUUUUGUGGCAACACCCCCAGCUUUGGCUCCAAAAUCAUCCGAGGCCCCGAGGACCAGACAGUGUUGUUGGUGGCUGUCCCGGACUUCAGUGCCACUCAGACCGCCUGCCUCGUGAACCUGCGCAGCCUGGCCUGCCAGCCCAUCAGCUUCUCAGGCUUCGGGGCAGAGGACGAGGACCUGGGAGGCCUGGGUCUGGGUCCCUGACUCACAAAGGCAGCCUUGUCCAGAGAGGCCCCGGCCAUUCCUUCCCUGUGGCGUCAGCACCAUGGCAGCUUUUGCUUUGUAAAUAAAGCCCGACUGUUUACUGGU